AUGGGGAAGAAGAAUGGUCGAAGGAAUAAAAGUACAGCUUCAGUCGGAAGCCAAGGAAAGAAGAAUCAGCGUCAUCCAUCGGCAGCUAGUGAAACUGCGCGCAAAUUCCAAGUUCAAAUUGAUGGAUAUAACGCAUUUUUGCUAUCAGUGACUCGUCUUGGAAAAUUAGGAAACGAGUUCACGUGGCACGACAUUCGAAAGUAUUAUCACAAAGAAACUCAGCGUACACUAACAGUCGAAGAAUUAAACGCGAUUUUCUGCCAGAAGAAUAUGACAAAGCGAGAUCUUUUCGAAUUGCCGAAUGUCAAGAGCUUCUUGGAACCUCUCGAUGGUACUAUGAUGUGCAGAUUUAAACUCAUUCCAGAAGGAAUUGAAGAAGCCCAUAUGAGAAAAUACGAAGAUGUCAAUCAGUACAAUCCGGCCCAUGUCAAAGUUUCGUCAUCUGUGUCGUCGUUGAAUGAAAAUUCAUCAGCAUCUGUUUCUCCAAUUGCUCAUCAGGAAGAGCAUAUCUCAAUCACAAAAUCUAUCGCUAUUUCGACCGAGGUUGAUGGCAAAAAUGGACCUACUUCUGAUUUGAGCAAAUCUGACGUGAUUUCGGUAAUUUCUGUCUUAUCUGUAUUAUUAAAAAAUAAUAUAAUUUCGUUUUGGAAUGAACACGGCGCAUUGUCUCAUCAACAUUCCCUGCAAUCGUCGGUUACUGAUGAUGAAGGAUGGAUGUCUGGAAGAGAAACCAGAUCAGAUAAUUUGUCUCCUCAAUUGGAUACAACCGAAUCAGCAGCUAAGGAACCAUUCGAAGACGACGUUUUUGAAAAUGAUGUGAUUAAAAAUGAUGAGCCAAGAAUUUCCGCCGGAAGCGAUCAAAUCGAUGGAGCAGUUCUUUCGAAUGUGCUUAUUGUCGAUGAGAAAAAUGAGCACGAGGUUUAUGCACCGCCACAAUCACAGUUUGUUAUAUCCAGCUCAAUCGAAGCAGCAUUUGAAGCUCUUGAUAAAAAUGACAAAGUUGAUAUCAAAAUUGUCGAAAAGAUCAUCGAAAGAACUGAAAUUUCAAACAUAAAAGCCGUUGAUUCUAAAGAUCAAGUUGUUCCGAAGUCGCCAACAAUCAAAAAACUUAUCGAGAAAUUCGACACUCCUGUGAAGUUCGGAGAGACGAGAACUCUAUCGAAAAGCUUCGAAGAAUCGCCGAAAUCAAUUUAUGCGCAAGUAUUGGAAGAGAUUGAAGGAGAUGGAAAGGUUGAGAAACACCAGACACUGCCGAUGGAGCAGGAAUCGCCACCAAAAGUGAUUUUCCGAUCGACAUCGACUACAAGCGGAGCAAUACUUCAAGCUCAGGAAGAGCUUGAGGAUUUUGUCGCUGAGCAAAAGGCGAAAAAAGAAGAAGAUAAACCUGAAAAUGUUUCAGGAUCUGACGGUUUCACAUUGAAAGAGCAAUCUUCGUUGACUUCUUUGGAUCGUGAAUAUUUCCAAUCGCGAAUGAACGCAAAUGAAGAUUUGUUUGUCGAGCUUGGAGUCAAGGACUGCGAUGGAUUCACACCGCGUCCUUCACUGACAAAUAAUGAGGGCGCCUUGGUUGCUGACGAACAAGUUGCCCAACAAUCGAAAAGCAAUGAGAGUGCUGUGACUUCCGAAGGAUUGAUAACUGUCAUAGAGAGAGGUGUGUCACCACCAUCGCAAGAGAAAAAUGCGGAGGAACCAGAGGAAGAGAAUGGGGCCGACAGAAAACGCUAUGAUUCUGUUGAAAGCGAUGCAGAUGUUCCCUAUUCUUUGUGCAGUGAAGACGAAGGCGAACCAAUGACAAUGAUCGAGAAAACAAUGACACCGCCACCGAAACCAGAAGCUAAAACGAGAACUGUCGUGGUUAACGUUGAGCUGGAUGCUAAGGCAAAUCGAGAAGUUGCUGUCGAUGUCACCACACCAUUGAAGGAAAGAAUUGCUGCUCUCAACGCGGCUGCAUUUGGUAAAAUUCCGGUUGUUCCAUUGGCAAAACUCGACAGCGUUGAAGACGAAUCUAAUAUUCUUGUUUUGAAUAGAACCGAGGAUCUCGAAACUUCAGCUUUGGAAUUCAAACCACCAAUUCAAGCGAUGAAUGAAGACGGAUCCAUGAAGGCGGGACGUCGACAGGCAAGAUUCUUGCGUGGCGGUUGCUGUCUUGUCAUGUAA